UACAGUUUAUUCGCAGCGACCAGGCUAUAUUAGACAGAACGAUUAUUAUUCAUCGUAUAGGCCUGAUCUACCGCUAUAUCCUGCAACCACAUCUGGAGCACUGGUACUGAAGUCAUCGUAUCGUCCAGAACGCCCAAGUUUCCUUUCUCGGGAGACUGCCGGAUGGAUCAGGAAAAAAAGAGAAGCCAAUGAUCGUAAUGGAAGGAUCAGUUAUCUGUUGGGUGAAAUGCGUCCGACACAAGGCUUUCGAAAUCGUUCACUGUCGCCAUCAGAAAAUCUUCUGAAGCGCAGGUCGUUGGAUUCAAACUGUAUUCGAGCCAAUUCAAACAGUGUAUUAAAUACCGAUUUGAGUUCCCCGAACACUGCAUCGGCCAAAGAUUACUACACUUCAGAAAGCAAGCAGUAUAAAGGCCUAACUGCUCAACUGAGUCCUCGUUUUUCGCCAUCCGCUCUUGAUAUGAAAAGAUUGGAACCGUUUGAACCACCCGCUCGAAGCACUGGUCAGCAGCAGCAACCAAGUACUAGCAGAGCAUAUAGUGAAGUAAGUCCAAAAACAGUUGUAAAACUUGCAUCACCAGAUUCUUGGAUUAGCACAACUCAGAUGUCACCGAUAUCUCCAACAGUUCCUCAUAAUUUUACGUCUUGUUGGCGGCAAACGAAGCCUCAUUCAUUGGGAAGUCCGGUAUCAGUAAGGAAUGACCACUUGAAUUUGGGUCACUGUAAUUCCGAUUCCCAAGUCAGCACUGAAGUCUCCUCCGAUCAGACCAUCACUGCUACUCAUCAUCAGAAUUGCAGUGUGACAACUGUAGGAGACGUGAAAGUUCGGGCUGCAGUUUGCAGAGAUGUUUCCACAAAACGUUACUGUGGAACGGAUUGGGAGAAACGUCUGUUUAACGAAAAUCAGGGCUUGCAAAUAGGUAAUUCCCUAGAAAAUAAUUUCUUACCGCGCAAAUCAGUGGAUAGACAGGCUUCGUUGAAUAGUGUUUCUGGAAGCGAUAAACAGACAGAAAAUUUAUCAAAAUCCGCAUCUUUUGAGCCGGCUUUUUACAUAUCGUCGGAGCCGUCGCCAUACCAAGAUUGGCCACUCAGUGAACAGACAUCACCGGAAUUUAUUCACAACAAACCUGAAGUUUCAUUAUCACAGAAACGUACAUCGUUGAGUCAUACCUGCCUGUACAGUGGUGACCAACAAGAUGUUAAGCAAAAUCGUUUAUCAUUGAUAUCGUACGGUGAUUUACCAGUUGUUGAAAAAAGCUGUGCACAUUUGGAUGUUGAAGGAAGAAAGCCGCAAGGAACUGAUGUGGAUGCAAAGGGCGAUUAUCGUCGCAUUUCUAAGACAGAUAAAGAAGACUCUCAGGACUUUUUAGAAUGGGACUAUUUUGGAUGGAUGAAGAAUUGUUUGGAGAGAGGAAGGGAAUGGGGAAGCAGUUGGGUGAUGGGUGAUGAGCAGUUGUAG